AAUUGUUAAUAAUGGAAAAGCAGCAACAGUUAUUAUUAGAAAUGCUGAUUAGUUAUAUUAUUCUUGUACUACUUGUUGCCGUUUACGGUGUCUCAUCAACUGCUGUAGGACAGAAUGAUGAGGAAACUGAUUUAGGAGAAAAUCAAGGUUUAUACAGUGCUAAUGAUCUCGUUAUAAUAUUAAAUGAAAAUAAUUUUAAAUCCAGUGUUUACAACAGUAAGAGAGCGUGGUUUGUCGAAUUUUAUAACAGUUGGUGUGGAUUCUGUCAGCGGUUUGCACCUGUAUGGAAGUCUUUAGCCAAGAAUAUACAUGGUUGGAAACAAAUAGUCUCAAUAGCUGCUAUAAAUUGUGCCAAUGAUGAUAAUAAUCCCCUUUGUAGAGAAUAUGAAAUUAUGAAAUAUCCGACUUUAAAAUUUUUUCCAAUCAAUUCGAAUCCAGAUUUUUUGGGAUUAGAAAUUCAAGAAGAUAAAGACGAAAUUCUUUCUAUGCAAAGAUUGAUUGAUCAAUUGGAAAAAGAACAACAAGAACAACGAGGAGGUUUGAGAUGGCCAAAUAUUGUGCCUUAUCGUGGCACUGAACUAGAUACCUUGUGGCUUGGAGCGCCACGUAAUGUUGAAUAUGAAAUUUUAAUUUUUGAAAAACCUAAUUCAUAUUUAGGGACUGAAGUUAUUUUGGAUUUACAUAGAGUAGAUACUAUUCGAAUUCGAAGAGUAACUUCAGAAAAUGAGUUUCUUUGUGUAACAAGUAAAGUAACUAAAUUUCCUAGUGUGUUAAUUUUUGAUAGAAAUAAAUCACAAACAUUUUUAAAAAUUAAUGCUAUUACACGAAUUGGUAUUAGAGAAGCAAUUUUAGAAUUCUUAAAGUUUAAGAAAGUAUCUGCAGAUAUUGGAGAAGAUAGUAUUGAUGAAAGAGAUGAACAGUAUGCCUCUAAAAUUAUAAAAAAUAAAAGUUUGGCAAAAGAAUUUAAUGUAAAAGAUAAACUGUAUCAAUUAGAUUUGGAAAAUACUCUUUAUUACUCAUUAAAUAACGAGAUUCCACUUUCUGUAAAUAUUUCUGGUGAAAAAUUAAAAGCACUAAAAACAUAUUUAAAUGUAUUGAUUGAGUACUUUCCAGUAUAUUUGACAAAAGGCAAAAUCUAUUUACAAGUGUUAAAAGAAGUAGUUGAAAAUAAAAGUAAUAUUAGUGGUAAAGAAUUUAGAGAACAAGUACAAGUUAAAGAAAAAAAAUUUACAUUAGCUAAUUCUGGUCUGAAAAAUUGGAUUGGUUGUAAAGGAAGUACACCAAAUUUUAGAGGAUAUCCUUGUGGAUUAUGGACAUUAUUUCAUACAUUAACUACAGCGGCAGCAGAAGAAAUUGAUGAUGUACAUAAUAAUAAUCUUCCAGUAUUACAAGUAAUACAUGGUUAUGUACAAAAUUUUUUUGGUUGUACAGAUUGUGUAACACAUUUUCAAGAUAUGUCUAAAAAAAGAAAAUUGUUUGAAGUUCAUGGAGGUAAUGAAAGUAUUUUAUGGUUAUGGAAAGCACAUAAUGAAGUAAAUGAAAGAUUAACUGGUGAUACAACUGAGGACCCCGAACAUAAGAAAAUUCAAUAUCCUUCAGUUGAAAAUUGUCCCAAGUGUAAACUUUCUAAUGACAAAUGGGAUGAAAAUGAAGUUUUAAAAUAUCUUAAAAUAAAAUAUAGUAAAACUAAUAUAGAUUUCCAAGGUAUUAAUGAUAAAUUAGUUCAACAUAAAAUAGAUACCAUUGUAUUAGACUCAAGUUUGAAUCAUAAUAAACUAAGCUGGGAUUUUACUAUCUUUGAUAUUAGUAUUUGUGUUGUGCUUUAUAUUAUAUCUGCUGGGAUACUAAUAUUAGUUUGCAUUAAAUUUGCAUUUAAAAAAUCACAUAAAAAAAAAAUAUUGUUUCAAAAGUUAUUCGGUUUAGUAUAAAUAUGUAUGUAUAAAAGUUGUUUCUAAAAGAUAGUAUUGAUAUAAAUGAUGACUAUCCCUGAGUGAUUCCAACAACUAUUUUUAAAAAAUUUUAUUAUAUUAUAGAAAUUCUAAUUGUGUAUAUAGAUUGAGAUUUUUCAGUUUGAAGUAAUUACAGGAUUAGAUUAUAAAAAUGAGAAUAUUCAUUUCUUAUUUAUAAGUUAGCCUUAAUGUACAUACACUCUA